UGUGUUUCCCACUUCAUCAAGCACAUACAAGUGCAGCAGAUGUGGAAGUUGAGACCCGUGAUGAAAACAGACGGCGAUCGACAUUGUUCGCUCUCUGGAACUAAUUCGAUUCCGAGGUCCAAUCACAGUGCUGUUGAAGAAAGAGCUCACAACACUGAAAUCAAGUUGUAUUUUUCAAGGGGGAAUUAACGUCUCAUGAGCGCACCACAUUCCCAGUCCUAUAGGAAUAUUUAGACUGCCUUUUUCAGCUAAUUCAAGCAAGCCAUUUAGCUAAACCGGCUAGUCCCUCCCAUGUAUGUGAACAGCUUUGUCGCAAGUGAAAAAACCUGUUUCAGACCUUUUCUAUCCUCCUCCCUCUCUCAGCAUCAAGUGCAGCCCGCACGGAGAGCUCUGGCUAGUGCGACUUUCUCUCAACUUCUUUGGUGAAAAUGCAAUGAAGAGAAGGGAACAUUCAUCCACUGAUAAGAAGACGUUUGGAACGCAUUGCAGUUUCUUUCUGGAAAAAGUGGGAUCAUAUUUUAAUAAAAAACAAACAAUACAUUGCGGAUUAUCUAACAUAUCUAUCAAUCGAAUGCGAGCAGAGCCAGGAACAUCUUUGCAAUGGGCCCUGUACCCCUGUUUCCUUUUCUCUCAGUGACGUGGUUCACCCUGCUAGUGGCGGUCGUGGCAGCCGAGGAUGUCACAGGUGAUGGCUAUACCUGGCCGCAGUGGAAGGUUCCACUGGUGAGAAACAGGAGGACGGUGACCCUGAGCAGCCCUGGCUUCACAGCCGAACCCCAGGGAGAGCUUAACGGGACCUGUGGGAUUGAGUGCCAGAGUCACCUCCCUGAUCCAUCUAUGCAUGACCUGGAGGAGUUCUUGGCCUACGAGACGGUGUACGAAAAUGGAACACGCACACAGACCUUUGUGUCUGUGCAGGGUGACAACGGGGUUGACGUCUGGUCUGCCGGGAAGGUGUCUUCUUCAUCCAGGUCUCGGCGCAAACGGGAGGUCUACGGCACCGACACCCGCUUCACCAUCGCUGACAAGCAGUUCUCUAGUAAGUACCCAUUUUCCACCUCCGUCAAGAUCUCAACGGGCUGCUCCGGCAUCCUGGUGUCCCCUAAACACGUCCUGACUGCUGCCCACUGCAUCCACGACGGACGGGACUACCUGAACGGAGCGCAGAAGCUACGCGUGGGUGUCCUCAAGGAGAAAUCCAGGCGCGGGAAAGGAGGGAGGGGGAAAAGAGGAAGGGGCAAAGGAAAACGGAGGAAAGGAGGGGAGGAGGAAGAGGAGAAAGAGGAGAAAGACAGAGGUAAAGAGAGGAAAGGAGGGAAAAGGAAGAAGAGCCGCAGUCGGCGAAGUGUUGAGACAGAGAAGCUGUCUUUCCGGUGGACAAGAGUAAAGCUGACCCAAAUCCCUAAAGGUUGGUUUAAAGGUGGGGCGUCGGACAGUGUGGCAGCAGAUUACGAUUAUGCCGUGCUGGAGCUGAAAAAGCCACAGAAGGUCAUGCACAUGGACCUGGGAGUUGUCCCCUCGAUCAAGAACCUGCCCGCUGGUAGAAUCCAUUUCUCGGGCUUCGACGACGAUCGGUCUGGCAACCUGGUGUACCGUUUCUGCUCGGUGACGGAGGAGUCAAAAGACUUGCUGUACCAGCACUGCGAUGCCAAGCAUGGCUCCAGCGGUUCCGGGGUCUACAUCCGUCUCAAAGAGCCUGGCAAGAAGAAGUGGAAGAGGAGAAUCAUCGGGGUGUUCUCAGGCCACCAGUGGGUGAAUGUCAACGUCGACGGGGCGCAGCAGGAUUACAACGUGGCAGUGAGGAUAACGCCUCUCAAGUAUGCACAGAUCUGUUACUGGGUCCACGGGGACUCUGGGGAAUGCCGGAAGGCCUGAGGGACAUGCGACAAACCCCCACUCCACCCUUACCGCUCCAUCACCAACAAACCAGGGGCUAUUAUUAUGUGUUCUUCUUCAUUACCUCCUGUGCUUUUCACUGGCAACUGGCGCAGAUUGCCUCAUCCCGGUGUCAAUGGCGGCCCUACAGACUCGCCGUUGUCGAUUACGGGAACUUGUCGAAUAGAUCCAAGAGAUCUGUGGCUGUUCUGUCACGUCUAAUUUAUUUAAUUAUUAAAAAGCAAACAUUCUUAGAAUGAAUAUCACAGUUCGGAACAUUUUGAAAAGCAUUUUAGGUCUGACCGAUUUUUAUAUAAUUCUGUAUAUUCAGCUUCAGGGGAGUGAUUCUUGUUAUUUCCUAUUUUGAACAAUUUAAUGAACACUUUCAAAUAUGUAAGUUUUUUUUGUUGUUGCAAAAGGAGCAACUAAAUUUGCAUUGGUUUUGGUGAAAAAAAAUUUACAUAUUAACAUCAGAGAUACUAAGAGCAUAACACAGUUUCUUAUCAAUAUUCUUUUAAAUCAACAUGCUGGUUUUUGAAAUCAUGUAUAUCUAGCUCUUUGAGUGUGCAGUUUUGUCACUUUUCAUAAAACUACCCUUUCUUAAGUUUAUGUUUCCACAUCUAAAUAGCAAAAGGUUCCAGAGGGAUCCUGGAUAAACAUUAUUCUUCUCAGUCUCAGUGUUUAUGUUAUAUUUACUAGCAGUGCAUAGAAAGUUGGUUUUAUUGUCAUGCACUAACAGUAAAUGUGAUGGUGCUAAUCCAGAGACUUGGUGCUAAUUUAAUUAUGAAAUUGUACACUUUGGGGAAAUCUAUCAGAAUCUAAUUUUGAUAGCCUUGUACUGUAACUAUGUAUUUAAUGUGAGGCUGAGUGAGUUUGAUAAGAUAGAGCUUCUAAACUAAAGUUUCAUUCAUAUUCGGUUUUCGGUUAGUUUUGUAUGUCCAAGGGUAGGUGUCAUCUAAUUCCAUAAUGUUACUUUAAUAAGUUUUAAUUCUUUAGUGUUUUAUGCUGAAUUAUCUGGUCUAUUAUGUGCCACAAGUUCAAGUUUGCUAUUGAUGACCAAAUACAUUAAUUUAAUAUUAUUUCAUAAUGAUUGAAUUCUAUUUCAUGAUUGAAAAAACUAUAUAUGAAUAAACUAAAAUAACAACUUGUGUACUGUAUAUGUGUUUACACCAACUGGAAGAAAAAUUUAUGGAAAACCAACAAUUUGGACUUGUCCAAUGAGAAAUUAUAUUUUACUGCGACAGCAUGGGUCUGAAUCUGACUCACAAAAAGUAUACAUUGUUUUCCACUGUCUUUAACUUUUACCCCAAAAAGCAUAAAUAUGGCAUUAAAAAAAAAAAGAAGCUUGUUUUCAUUUGUGUGAUCUGAUAAACACAACCCAGGUUAACCUCCUGAGACCCUGUGUCCGCAUAUGAGAACACUAUAUUUUUGGCUUCCUGCACCAUGUACAUUCUGCUUAACUUAAACCUAUUGUCCUUAUUAGAGGACAGUUGUC